CUUCCUCGUCACCCUUACAAACACCCAACACGCCUUUGCUAUCGUUCGUUUGCUCGUGUGGCCCUUAUGGGAGUGCACGCUUGCAUCCCUUCUUCUGCCUUGAAAGGGCAUUGCUCGCGCCCCCGCCGGCCUAUAGCUCUUCUUCGCUGACGCCUCCAACCCACGAUGAAGCGUGCCUCGAAGCCGGGCAUGGAGCCACGUCGAAAGUCCUCCACAUUGCACUAUCAGACCUUCCCGACCAAGCCUCCAGCCAACCGCGGGCGCCCCAUAUCUCAAUCUCCUCCCCAUAACAAUGGCGGCCAUAGCCAUGGAUCGGACUCCGAGGAAGGCCACCACGAGUCGCCCCUCCCCAAGAAACAGCUCGCGAUUCUGGCCGUGAUAGCGUUGGCAGAGCAGACAGCCCUCAAUUCAAUAAGCCCAUACCUGCCCGAGAUGGCCUCUACAUUCCCCGAAGUGGAAGACUCACAAGUGGGGCUAUACGUGGGGUUGAUCGCAUCGUCGUUCGCGCUGGCACAAUUUGCGACAAACUUCUUCUGGGGGUGGCUGUCGGACCGGAUAGGCCGGAAGCCAGUGAUAUUGACGGGCACACUGCUGACAGCAGCUUGCUUUGUCGCUUUCGGGUUUUGUAGGACGUUGUGGCAGGCUAUCAUCGUACAAUUGCUCAUGGGCUUGGUCAACGGCAAUGCGGGCGUUGUGUCGACGUGUCUGGGCGAAAUUACGGACCGCAGUAAUCAGUCAAAGGCCUUUACCUAUCUCCCAGUUGUGUACGGCAUUGGUGGCAUAACGGGACCCAUUGUGGGAGGCUUGAUGGUGUUGAAGACAAACCCAUUGAAAAAAGGCCAACCAAAUCCUUAUCCGUAUCUGUUGCCGAACCUUUUCUCGGCCGCCGUACUAGUGAUAGACUUGGUACUUUCCAUGUUUCUACUAGAAGAGAGUUUGGAGGAAGCUCGAGAACUACCACCACUAGGAAAACGGAUAGGAGAUUUGUUCUCUCGGCUAUGGCAGUUCACGAGCUCGACUCGACCCACAUACAUGCGCGGAAUGCUUGGAAAGGGAAGACGGGAUACUACCCGCCACCAGCAUCUCGAUGGAGUACAAGAGGAGGACGGCGAGGACUCUGAUCGAUCUACUUCAGCGCCCUUGCUGUUCCCCGAAAUACACGGCGAGAAUCUCGCGAGAAAGGAGGUGUUCAACCGCGACACGAUAUUGCUACUCCUCACUUAUUUCAUCUUUCAACUCGCAAACAUCUCUUAUAAUUCCCUGUACCCAAUAUUUGCGGCCGGUCGUCCUCCAACAGGCCGCGACCUCUCUCCCGAAGAGAUUGGCUUUUCUUUGGCAUUCGCUGGCUCUAUCACCAUUCUUUUCCAGAUCGGAAUCUACGGCAAACUGAGAGAAAAGAUUGGCAACAAGACGACCUAUCGGGUCAGCUUAGCUGCAUUCGUAGUAGCAUUUCUCCUGAUGCCAUGGGUGGGUUACAAGGACAGCAGCGGCCCGAAAGGCCUUGGUAGUUCAAAAGCCUGGCUGUGGGCUGAACUCGGCGCGGUUUUGAUCAUCAAAACUGUUGCUGCAGUUGGCGGACUCACUUCUGCGCUAUUAUUGAUUACGAAUUCAGCUCCCAAUCACAACGUCCUUGGCACCCUCAAUGGCCUCGCGCAGACUCUCUCUGCUGCCGGUAGAGCGGUUGGACCAUUCAUUUCCGGCAGCCUCUUCACAGCUGCAGUGCGCGUCCAGCCCAAAGGCGAAGCUCUCGCUUUUGGAAUCUUCGCUGGCGUAUCAUUCGUCGGGUUCUUACUCAGUUUUGGGAUCAGGGGCGAGGGUCUCGAAGCAGAAGGUUGGGACGAAGAAGAAGAGGGGAGCGAAGUCCACUCAGACGACGAAGAGGAAGAGGAAGACGAUGCCACAUCGUUUUAAAUGGAGGAGGAAGCCGGGCUUUUUGGCAGGAUUCGCCACUCUGUAGCCGACUGGUUUUAAAACCUUUGCGUGCUUUAUUCUGGGACAGCUUUUAUGAAUUUUCCAUGUUUCAGCGCUGGAGUUUAGAAAGACUACUGUUGGUCUACAUCUAUGUAUUAGGAUAUCCGCAAGGACGGGAUGGAGUUGGUAGGUGGCUCCUUGUAAGCGCCCUGUGCUAAUGUAAAAGUCAUACAUAUCAGAGAGGUGGGGGGAUGUAUAUGCAUGGAAUAUAUCGUGGACCGUAUCACCUACAUGGUAGAUACACAUACACUUGAAGAAGCGGUAUUGAUACGCUGCUAGCUUUGCAUAACCUUGGCAAGACGAGACUGCCUAGGUGGAAAAUCCAGCGGAUUCAUGCAACAACUCCCAUCUGAAUGCUAAGGUUGAAACGUACUGGUUAGUCGAAUCCUUAUCAAUGUGCAUAGAAAAGAACCGAU